CAGCUUGUGCUCCGCGCCAGACUCGGCCCCGCCGUCCGGCUGCCCGCUCGCUGCGGCUCGUCACCUCCCGGGUCCCAGCCUUCACGGGCCGGGGCCGCCGCCGCCGCCGCAGGACGGGGAGGCGGGCCAUGGCGUCCUGCGUGGGGAGCCGGACCCUGAGCAAAGAUGAUGUGAACUACAAGAUGCAUUUCCGGAUGAUCAACGAGCAGCAAGUGGAGGACAUCACCAUCGACUUCUUCUACCGGCCUCACACCAUCACCCUGCUCAGCUUCACCAUCGUCAGCCUCAUGUACUUCGCCUUCACCCGGGAUGACUCUGUCCCAGAAGACAACAUCUGGAGGGGUAUCCUUUCUGUUGUUUUCUUCUUUCUUAUCAUCAGUGUGUUAGCUUUUCCCAAUGGUAAGGCACAGGCCCUGGAGGCAAACUGCCCCUUCUGCCAGUUGCUAGAAGUGGUCCUGGGAUCUUCAGUUAUUAAAACUUUCGGGGGCAGGCGGGCAGGACAGGUGUCAGUUGUCAUAUCAAGGUCGUAUCAGUUCUUUUCAUUUGUUGUCAGCAUCCUAGAAGAGUAUGCUGUGAACUGCCAUGUUAUCACCUGGGAGAGGAUUAUCAGCCAUUUUGAUAUAUUUGCAUUUGGACAUUUCUGGGGCUGGGCUAUGAAGGCCUUGUUGAUCCGUAGCUAUGGCCUCUGCUGGACAAUCAGUAUUACCUGGGAGCUAACUGAGCUCUUCUUCAUGCACCUUCUGCCCAAUUUCGCUGAGUGCUGGUGGGACCAAGUCAUCCUGGACAUCCUGCUGUGCAACGGCGGUGGCAUCUGGUUGGGCAUGGUCGUUUGCCGGUUUUUAGAGAUGAGGACCUACCACUGGGCCAGCUUCAAAGACAUCCACACCACCACUGGUAAAAUCAAAAGAGCCGUGCUCCAGUUUACUCCUGCUAGUUGGACCUACGUUCGAUGGUUUGACCCCAAAUCUUCAUUUCAGAGAGUGGCUGGAAUAUACCUUUUCAUGAUCAUCUGGCAGCUAACUGAGUUGAAUACCUUCUUCUUGAAACAUAUCUUUGUGUUCCAAGCCAGUCAUCCAUUAAGUUGGUGUAGAAUUCUCUUUAUUGGUGGCAUCACGGCUCCCACAGUGAGGCAGUACUAUGCUUACCUCACUGACACACAGUGCAAACGCGUAGGAACACAGUGCUGGGUGUUUGGGGUCAUUGGUUUCCUGGAAGCUAUCGUGUGCAUAAAAUUUGGACAAGAUCUCUUCUCUAAGACCCAAAUACUAUAUGUUGUGCUUUGGCUUCUUUGUGUGGCCUUCACCACCUUCCUGUGUCUGUACGGCAUGGUUUGGUACGCAGAGCACUAUGGUCACCGAGAAAAGACGUACUCCGAGUGUGAAGAUGGCACCUACAGUCCAGAUAUCUCCUGGUCUCAUGGGAAAGGUACAAAAGGUUCUGAAGACAGCCCACCCAAGCAUCCGGGCAACAACGAAAGCCACUCUUCCAGAAGAAGGAAUCGACAUUCCAAGUCAAAAGUCACCAACGGAGUUGGAAAGAAAUGAAGGAGCCCGGUUAAUCGCAGACGUCCCAGAGAGUGCCUAGAACCGAGAGGGAGACAGAAAGGCUUGGACCUCCCUGUCGGGAGGGCAAACAUGCGGUGCCAUUGGGACGAGGAGAGGGGACUUGGGGGUCAUUAUUUGAGAGCGCGUGAGUCUUGUUUCCCACAGACCCAGCCACGUGAGGCAGGUCAGUGCUUGGGAUCCUUCGCCAGCUCGGGGUCUCCUCCAACUUCAGCACUUGGCGUGCGGUCACUGGUAGCCGUACGGAGCAUCUGCAGGAAGGGCGGCCUCUCACUCACAGCUGCCCGGAGCAGCACCGCUUGCGUGUAUUGUGGUUGCAGUUAGUUGAAACACCUUCAUUCAGACAGGGCAUUAACGGUACGUUAACACUGGUGACCAGUUUUUAUUUUUAUAAAUCUGCCUUUCCCAUUUGACUGAUUGGUUUAAGUUCAGGCCACUCUUCUGUCUUGUAUUGUUGGUAUCUUAUUUGUUGUUAAGUUAGGAUGCUUAAAAGCCUUCAGAAGCCACUGCUGAAAUUGAGUUGGGGGAAAGCUCUUCUCUCUCCUAAAGAAGAAAAUGGGGAGAGCAUUUGUGUUACUGUCUGGCAAACUCAUCCCCCUUUUAGGACCUGAAACCACACAGUGGUGUAAACCAGUCUGAGGAAAGACUGGCUACCUACGUAGGAUCCUGGGCUUCAGAUCAGAACCUUUUUUGUUUGUUCUGAAUGUCAUUUGUCCAGAGUUAUCCACAGUGCACAGAAGUGAGCCUGCUUGAGAGGCGAUGCACAUCGCAGCUUCUCUCCCAGCCAGGUGCCUUUUACAUUUUACUUGUUUUCCUUCCAUGGUGUGUUGCUGACCUUGUCUUUUAGUCCCAUGUGAGGUGCUGGUGAGUAUUACCUUUCAUCUGUGUGCCAUGCUCUAGAACAUUUACCCUGGUAGUUCACCACCUCUGAUGGAUCCCUGUUUUAAAUAAAAUAAUACACGUUAAAGCCCAUCAAAGAUUAGUCUCUAAAAAAUUCUCAUUUCUUUGCAUCGUAUUGGUAUUUUUCACCACUUGUAAGCAAUUGCUGUGUUUUUCAAGUGACUUUAAGGAUAAUAUGAAUGUGUAUGUGUGUUUAUAUAGUGAAAAGAGAAAAGAAGAAAAAUAUGUAUUGUAGAGGACUUACAGAUACAUGUUACAUUUCCUGAGCUACCAAAGUAAUCAAUGGGAAAUGAACAAGAUAGUCAUUGUGUUUUCACAUGGUAAUGGUUACAUCAACCAAGUUGGAGUUUUCUCCCUACCAAGUGAUCGGCGCUCAGCCGAUUGGCUUAUAGAUCUAAACUUGCCCAAGGAAAUCCUUCUGUUCCUCAUUUACAGAGCAGAGUUUUUCAUGUCUUCUCCCCCUUUAAGGAAAUCUUUCACCACAGAAGUGUCAUGUUUUUCUUUUUCUGCAAAGGAAUUCUGGGGUGAAGGGGUUAAAUGAAUCAUGCAGAGCCGGGGUCACAUCCUGUGCUCUGAGCCUCUGGUGAUCACUUGGUCGAGAGCCUCACACAGACUUGCCGUGGCAGCCAGGCGUCUUGCCAGUGGAGGAGUGCCUGUAUCCGUUCAGCUGGCACGGUGGCCGGGGUGGGGGGCUGGCCGUGAGGGGCCGCGGCUGUGCGCCUUCACGUGCGGUCCAAACUGCAGCCCCGUCCUUCCCAGCAAGGACCGAGAGAGCCGAGGUCCCCUUUCAUAAACCCACUCUCGCUUCCGUAGCCCAUCUAAGGGCCUUUUUAAAACAUCGGUACACCAUAAACUCUCUUUGCAAGUAGGCGGGUUCAUCUUGUUUCCUCAUGCAUUCUGCUUUCCUGAGCACUGAGCUCCUGAGUACACCAUAAUAUCAUAUACAUGGUCCGCCUCAACUCUCCUUCCUGUACCUGGCCCACGUCACUGAGCGUUUCCAAGUUUGUUAUCUGGGAGAGCCUGGUCUGGCACUUGAACGCUCCUCUAACUCCUCGUCGGGUCAGACUGAUGCAACGUGUUUCCUUUCUCUGAGGCCGGCACAGAGGGAGGUACCUGUUUAGCACCCGGGGGCUGACUUUCCUGUGGGAUAUUUGAAAAGCAAAGUGCACACGAGACCAUUUUUCCUCCACGGCUUUGUGUGAAAUCCCAACAAAGCCCUCCGAUGCUGUCUGUGCCUGUUCUUUGAGUUUACACUUUCUCUUUUCCCUUUCAGUAAAAGUUCUGGGCACAGUAGGUACAAAACCAAUGCUUUCUGUGACCGGCCAGAACCUCAGCUGCCAUUCCUCCUGGACACCAUACUGCUGGGUUUGGCCUACUUUUUCACUCGUGUCUAUGGAAAUGAACCUCACGUUGAUGGAAAUAGAUCAGAGGCAUCAUUUAAUAUCAGAAAUGAUUCUCUUGCAAAUCAUCUCACGUUGGCGAUUUGCAAACUGCCCUCUUAAAAGCCACCAUUGUUUUUGGACAUAAUGCUCAAAGAAUGUCUUAUGUGUUUUUCUCCAUAAGUAGCAUUGUACUGAGUAUUAGCUACUUUUCCCUUUUUGUCAUUCUUGGGCUUUCCAUGUCCCUUCCCCACUUUUCUUGUGUCUGUUUUAACCAUUUGUAAAAGACUUGGCCAAACUGCUCCCACAGCAAUGCUAGGACAUUUCAUUGACCCGUUAAACAUUUUGAUGAUAAAAGACAUCCCAUAAAUGCCAGCCUUAUUUUCACUAGAACUUCUAUAGUGAACUUGUGUAUAAAGUACUCACCCAGGAGAAAUAAAAUAAAAUUCUUUACCAGACACAUCAGGUUCAGCCCUGUUGGUCUUCCCCAUGAAGCUGCAUCUCUAAGUGACAUCUCUUUUUGUCAGAGCUCUCCCUUUGGAUACUGGAUUGUUUCAUUCGUCUAUAAGCAUGCACUUGGUCAGGCCCUUACAGGGGGGGAGGCUAAAUGCAGGGUGGAAUAGAACUACCUGUUACCCACUGAAAACCAGACUGAAGUGAGCACUUUAAACACAGGGGAUUUGACUUACAUGCUCUUUGAAUUAUGCUCAGCGACUCCUACAGAAUUCCUGGGCCCGCCACAGUGUUCACCAGGUUUCUUGUUGUUAGAGAAACUAGAAAUCCCACAGGCAAGCUAUUGUGAUCCUCAAUAUAUUCCCACUUACAGGAUUGAAAUCAAGAUGUAAGGAGAGCCAAGACUUCUGUCCAUCAGUGUUUCAUCAUAGAGGCAUCUCUCCUUCAUACAUGUGUGUGCUUUUGCAAGGGUUAUAUUUUGAGAUUUGGUUCUUUGCAAGGGUCAGCGUUAGUACCGGCUAAGACCGAUGGGCUGUAGAGUCUCACUGCUAGCCCAUAAUUCGAUUUUUACAUUUCCCUUGAUCACAUUUUAUUCUAAACCUGAUGCAUGGACUAUCAUAAGCGAAAGUCACAAAGAUUUUUAAUUGGAACUUUUUUUUAUCUUUGAUGCAAUAAAUACUUAACAGCUUUUUUUUUUUAACUUUUGCUAUCUUCUGUGAAUUUAGAGGAAUUAUUUUAUUAAUGUCUACCAAAGAACGGGAAAAAUAGUUGCACGUUGAUUUUUUUGUUUUUUAGUUUGUUGGGAUGCCGAAUUGUAAAAAUCUUCCUUGUCUCCUAUGUUUACUAAAGAGUACCUUUAAUCCA